AUGGCCGAUUUCAAAGACCUCUUAUUGCCAUACGGCCGCCCAGAACUAUGCAAUUCCGUGCUCCCAGGACUCCUAGAUUGUAUCGCUGACAUCGCAAAGUCACUACAUGAAUCCCAGCACGUCUCCCUAGCCGGAACAACCAACACAUUCGGCGACGGCCAAUUAAACGUCGACAUCGCAGCCGAGAACCUGCUGCGCGCCGCCCUUGCAAAAUGCCCCUCCGUCCAAACAGCAAGCAGUGAAGAAGAACCAAUCGAGCGCCCCGCCCGCUCAGCCCAAGCCGCGCAAAAUGACGUCUCUCCAGCCGCGGAAAACUACACCGUCGCCUUCGACCCGCUAGACGGAAGCUCCAUCAUCGCGCCCAACUGGACCGUCGGCGCCAUCAUCGGAAUCUGGGACGGAAGCUCCGCGCUCCACCAGCAGCCCGCCGAGAAGCAAGUCGCCGCUAUCCUGGGCGUCUUCGGCCCACGCACCACUGCCAUCGUGGCGCUGCGAGUCCCAGGCGGCAAGCCGGAGUGUCUUGAGAUCGGGAUUGGGGAGUCCGGGGCGCACGAAAUUAUUCGGUCGAAUGUGCGGCUUGCGGAGGCGCCGUUUAAGACGCGGUACUUUGCGCCGGCCAAUUUGCGGGCCGCGGCGGAGAGUGAGGCGUAUAUGCGGCUGAUUACGCAGUAUGUGGAGAAGAAAUAUACGCUGCGCUAUAGUGGUGGGUUGGUGCCUGAUGUGGUGCAUGCGCUUGUGAAGGGUCAUGGUGUGUAUUUGUCUCCUGUGACUGGUGCCAGUGAGGCGAAGCUGCGUCGCUUGUACGAGCUUUUCCCUGUUGCGCUUGUGGUGGAAUGUGCUGGAGGAAAGGCCAUUGAUCCUUCUACUGGAGAGGAUAUCUUGAGUCGAACGUUGGAGAACUGUGAUGAGAGAGCGGGGUUGGUUUGUGGAACAGCUGAGGAGGUCGACAUUGUGAGAAAGGCACUGCUUGGUUAG